AUGGGCGCGCGCGCGGGCGGGCCGCACGAUCUUUGGCACAUCGAUCUGUGUGGGCCCAUGACGGCGUCGCUGGGGGGAUCGUUUUUCAUGAUCCUGCUCGUGGAUAGUUUCUCGCGGUGGAUGAAGCUGCACGGGAUGAGGCGCAAGUCGGACACCCUCGCCACCGUCAAGAAGUUCCUCGCCCACGUGAGUGGCACCGGUGUUCCUUGCUCUUUCCGAAUGGACAACGGAGGGGAGUUCAUCAGCCGCGACUUCAUCGCCUGCUGCGACAACGCCGGCAUCCGCCGUACGUACACGGCGCCGGGCACCCCGCAGCAGAAUGGUCCGGCGGAGAGUGCGAUCUGGCGCGCGAACAAGGCCGGCCACGCCGCUCGUCUCGAGGCACGUCGCCUAUUCCCCAAGAUCGACUUCACCCGCACCCCCGGCUUCGGGCGCGAUGGCGAGCGACUUUGGCUAGAGUCGUGUCACUGGGCUGCCGGCGGCUUCAACCGUUCCCCGACCAAGGCAAACGUCGGAUACAAGUCGCCGCAUGAGCACUUCACCGGUCGCCCGCCCCCGCUCCAGAUCGUCCCGUUCUUGCAGCCGGGGUAUAUGCGUGUGAUGCGCGCGAGGAAGAUGGAUCCCCACGCAGUGCUGUGCUUCUACCUCAACAACGCCGACAACCAUCACGAGUCGGCGGUCAAGGUUCUCAAGUUUGCGACGGGGCGCGUGUGCAUGACGAACAACGUCGUGUGGAUCUCCGACCGCGCGCCGUUGCUGAACCCGCCGCUGGAGCUGCCGGCGCCGGCGGACGANCUCAACAACGCCGACAACCAUCACGAGUCGGCGGUCAAGGCGCCGCCGGCAACUUCCACACCACCAUCGCCGGCGGCGCCGUCUACCGCAACCACGCCACCGCCACCGGUCACCACGCCGCCUGCAACGCCGUUCGCCGCCGCGCUACCGUUCACCACCACCGCACCGCCUGCCAUGCCGUUCGUCGCCGCGCAACCGUUCACCACGACCGCUGCGCCGCCGGCCGCACCAUUCACCACCACCGCUGCACCAUCAGCAACACCGUUCCCCGCCGCCGCACCGCCCGGUGCCGCGCCAUCGACCAACAUGCCGCCGCUCACCACGAGGUCCAUCUGUGAACUGGACGUGGGGCGCGGGGACAUGAGGGUUUCUGGGCGCACGAGGGCAGCCGCUAAGGACCAAGGGGGGGGGCGGGCGUCGUCAAUGCCGCCCCUCUCUGCCAGGGCCAAUCGAGAGUUGGACUUGGGACGAGAGACGCGGGUGCCAGGGAGGUUGAGGGGUCGGCCGGGCAAGGCAACGCUCCUGUUGACUCUCACCACUCGCAGCGUCGUCGAUGGGGGAGACAGGAGAUUCCGAGUUCAGCCGGUGGACGUGAUGGAGCGGAGCCGGGGGGGCGAGAGCGGGGGGGCACGAAGACUGCGUGAAGAAGUCCCAUUUGCGUGCGCCACCCUGCUUGCCUCCCGCGAGGACAUCGCCCGGACGAUGAGGGAUUUAGAUCCCCCGGAAGUGGCACCGGACUUGCCACAUUGCUAUGAUGGUGAUCUCAGAGUACCGAAGACAUUUAGGGAGGCUAUGAACUCUGACUAUGGACAAUUGUGGAAGGAUUCGGUUGAUGGUGAAAUAAAGGGCCUGAUGGCGGCCGGCACUUUCGAGUCAGUUUCGCAGCAACCAGGGGGCGUUUUGAAGGCCAAAUGGGUUUUUGAGUGGAAGGCCGAUGAGUAUGGACGGCCAACCAAGGGGAAAUCAAAGCUAGAAGCGAGAGGCGAUAUGCAGCAAGCACAUGUUGAUAGUGGGGAAACUUAUGCACCGACUGAAGCGGUUUCUAGUGUUCGUCUGUUGGCUGCGAUGGCGUGUGAGCAAAAUCUUUCCCUCCGUCAUAUCGACAUCAAGCAAGCAUUCGUACCGUCGGAUUUGGAUGAGGAUGUUUUCAUGCGUCUGCCUGAGGACUGUGGUAGAUUGUCUGGUAAGGUAGUGAGGUUGAACAAGAGUUUGUACGGUCUGAAGCAGGCGUCGAGACAAUGA